AAUUCGAAACAUCUUUUUCGGGUUGGCCGGUCAGGCAGCCGAAGGAAAAGAGGGAACGACGGUACAAAACAGCUGGCCACUGAACGGAACUACGCGAAAGAAGAAUGUUGCGCGUUAUUAGCGCUGCAGUUCGAGGGAUCGUGCCACGUGCAACUGUAGGAAAUGCUGGUGCUCUUCUAUUCAAAGAACAUCCGAAACUUUUUACAAAUAUUACUCAAAAUAGAUGCUCCUCUCUUUUAUCUACGCAGACAUGGUUUGAUAGAAAUAGAGUAAAAGAAAAAACAUCGAUUGGUACUGUAAUGCCACAUGGAAAUAUUUUAUCCUCUAUGCAAGAUACAUUAACCAUUCCAAAAAGAACUUUGACAAAGUUUUCUUUGAAGAAAGGAAAGAGAAAAACUGUCAAAACAGUUAUCAAAAGAUUUUAUAGGCUAAAUUGGGGUAUAUGGAUACGAAGAUAUGUUGCGCAUGACAAACAUAUGUGGAGAAAAACAGAAGGUAGAAAGAACAGGUUACGUCAGCAUAUUUUCACUAAUGGUACGCAGUCUUGGUUACUCGAUACAAUGGUAACCAAAUAUUGGAGAAGACCGCGAUUCUACAUCGAUGAUCCUUACAAUCCAUAUCACAAAAGAGAAGAAUUCAGUAUAACACGAAGAAAACCAUUAGAUUAAAUUAUUUAUUUUAGACUUACUUGAUAUUACAUUACUCGAAUUCUGAUUUAUCUUAUCGUAUAUAAAAUAUUAUAAAGUAUGUUACAGAGAAAAAGAAAUAAUAUCGAAAGCAAAUCAUUAAGAUAUUUUCAUAUUGACAAAGAUUAUUUUUCACAGUCACUUUGCAGAAAAUAAUAUUACCAAAGACGCAAGGUGAUUUUAUUUAAGAGAGAAUAAGUUUAGAAGACGCCACGAGAUGGCGUUAGCAAAAAAUUCCAAUCUCACAACUUGUAAACUUAUAUUGUUCCUUACUAUAUACGAAUCCGCCUAAAUUUGAUUGGUCGCUCGUACGGUUGAUUGAUCGUUUAUAGAGUUUGAUCAAUUUAAGAAGAAGGCACAUUCUUUCCACGUAAUUUAAUCUUAUAUCAGUAACACGUAACAGUUUAAUAAAACAAUAUUAAAAUUUA